AUGCAUCAUGCUUAAGCCUUUUAACAACUGAUAGGCAGCGCUCGGCUCGAGCUUCUUUUGAACAAAGUUCCUGUCUCUGUUUAAGCUCAAAAACAGCUGAAGCAGACUCGUUGUGAAAUAAAUUAUACCGUUUUAUGUAACAUUUCCUUCUUAAAUGAAUGAAAUUUCCCGAGGACAGCAGUUCACCUGCGGCUGAGAGCGACACCUGCCUCAGGUACUUUCUUGAAAGAAGGUGCGGCGGGCGUUGAACGGAAGUGGUGCUCUCAUCUUCCACAUUUGGACCGCUUUUAGAGUAAGUGGAUUCAAGCAGAGCAUUUAAAACUAUGUGCUCCAGUGGGCAGGCUCUGUGUUCGGGAAGUAGGCAUUCACCCACCAAUGAUGGCAAUAGCUCAGGCUCCCAGUAUGCUCUCUGUGCGCUGGGUAUGGGCUUGGUGGCACUUGGAGUUGUCAUGAUUGUGUGGACGAUAGUCCCUUCUGACGUGGUACAGCCGCACAAUGGUACAGCCCCGGGUCUGAACAAUGGAAAAGGUGAAGAUGGAAAGACGACAUCAGUUGCGUAUGUGCUGGUGGGAGUCGGAAUAGCUAUGUUGCUUCUCGCUAUAUGUUUGGGGGUGAGGAACAAGAAGCGCAGGAGACGGUCUGAAACUGCAGGCGUACGCAGUCCUAACUAUGUGGGCCGUGAGCAUGAUGAGCCAUCAAAUGAAGAACCAGUUCCCAGCUUUGAUGUACCCACCUAUGAGGAAGCGGUCACCAGUGGACAGUACCCAGUUAGGCAAAGCAACUUGAGACAGAGCUACCAGCUGCCCUCGUAUGAAGAUCUGAUCGCCGCUGUUGAAAACGAAGGCCAGCAACUAAGUGGAGGUAAUGGCCAGGAGGCUCCAGCCCCCGGACCCCAGCCCGCAGCCCCCAGCUCCCAGCCAGCACGCAGCGGCAGCAGGGCCAGCCGCAUCUUUAGACCCCUCAGAGUGCGCAGAAUCAAGUCAGAGAAACUCCAUCUGAAGGAUAUUCGUCUUAAUAUCCAAAGUCCCGCACAAGGUGGGGUGGUGACUAUUGAACCACUGACCCCUCCGCCAAAGUAUGAGGAUAAGCCACCUCAACUCCCCACAGAACCAGUGUAAUGAAUCCAGCACUGGAUUUACACUCUACUACAGAUCUUUUGAUGAUGUGCAUCCUUCGUUUGCAUCCAUGGCUUGUUUACAUCUGUGCUCAUUUUACAGGCUUGCAUGCUGAUGAGUUAACAAGCCAAAGGAGACGAUGAGAGCUAUGAAAUAUCUUCCAAAUGAGAAAAUACGAUGCAUUCACAUAAGAUCUCUAUGCUUAUUGUUUGAACCGAACACUAAAGCCUACCUGAAUGUCUUUUAACCGAACUUUUCAUUUUUAAAUAAAGGAUUACAGAAGUGGAUUUGUGUUUAACACUGUAUAAGGAAGGAUAUAAACGCCAAAGUGUGCAGUGUUUACUUCUAAAAACGACAUUGUACAUGGCAAAAAAAUAACUGUUAUUGUUAAAUUUUAUAGAAGAAAGGGGUUAAAAAACGUACAAAACUUCAAAGACUACAUGUAUAAUUGAACAUGAUGAAAUGCAAGCAUGAAAGAAUAAAUACACUUAUUUUAAGAUUUAAAGAUAAAAAAUAUAUUUUAUUAGCCUCUAUUACUAUAAUCUGCCUAACAAACUAACUCAUAUGUCCAGCACAGUGUAAAUUAAUCCUAAUAAUAAUUCAAUAAUUGAUUUGUUAUGCGUGUAUUAACAAUGUGUCCGUGUUUAUUCAGUUUGAAAUCAACUUUGUCACUGCUUGCCUGGAUGUGUAGUUUAGUAUAUUUUAAUGGUGCAAAGUGAAGACAAAUUCCAAAUUAACUGUUGUGUUGGGAAUUUAUCUAAUCUCAAUUUCUGUUUCAUUGAGAAUUUAAAGAAGUUGAUUAGACAAACAACUCAACCAGCUCCAAAAUAAUCUGAUAUACAUUUCUCAAUAAUGCAGCGUCUCUAGAUUGAACAAGCCACUGUUGAUGAUUUUUUUAUAUACUGUAUUAAUGCCUUAAAUUGCCUCAGGCCAUGCAGGCAACACCUUGUACUACUACUAUUACUAUUGAAAUGUUUGUAAAGGGAUGGAGUGGAUUGUGGUUUAUUAUUAUAAGUAAGUAAUAUAAAUGUUUUAGAGCAGUGGUUCCUUGUAUUAUUAUUUAUUUUGACAACUUGAAAAACAAGUGGGCCUUAAUAAAGUUGUUCCAAUUUUUUUCUAACUUGACCCGUACGUUUAUGAAAUGUUGUGUGUUGAAUUAUAGUGCCCCCUCGUGAUUGAGAAUCGCAAUAUUACAAAUGGACACUAAGUGCAUAGUGAAUAAUAUUUGUAAAGCAAUUUAAUCUUUUAAGUAAUAUGGCAGUUAUUUAUAUUAUUCAUUUUGGUAUGUUUCUUAAGACUAAGAUACUUCAACAUAUUGUCGCUAUUUUAUGAAUAUUUUUACACAAUGAUGCCUAUUCUUUACACCAGUCCCAUUCUAUAGCAGGCCAGUGUCUUACAUGAUCUUGUUCUUGGUAUUUCUUAAUAUGCUAUAUGUACCCAAUUACCACUGUAAUUGAAGUUUCGGUUUACAUGUCUAGUACAAAAAAUAUUUUUACGAAUAAAAUCAUUCAUUCUUACA